CUUUACCUAUUCGGGUGUCUAGUUUUGUUUUUCAUCACAGGGAUGUUUAAUGUUUAGAAGGGCCACGUUUUCCAGCUUGGGAUUGAGCGUUAAGUUAGCAAAUGCCUCCUUCUAGCAACAGUUAGCUGUUAGAGGCGGCGAAGUAACCCGCUCGCAGCCCGGCUGAAGGAGGCGGGCGGCCGCAGCGCGGUGCCGGCGGCGGGGUCCCGCCCGGCGGCGGGGUCCCGCCCGGCGGCGGAGCGAGCGCCCCCAGGCGUGGCCUGGUCGCGGCGAGGCCGCGCGCCCGGAGAGUGGCCCGCGUUUUUUGGCGCGCAGGUGUUGGGACUGCCAGCUUUCGGGAGACACGUCCGUGUAAGGGGAGAGGGUACCUUACUGCGUCAGAACGAAUGAUUUUACAUCAACUUAUAGCUCAUUUCAUUCCUCCUCUGAAGGCUAUUUUAUUAACUUUAGCAGCAAAUAACCUGUUUAAUUAGAUCAACUAGAUUAUUUUUAGGCAUACAGUUUCUCCAGCGGUCAAGGUUAAAAUCCAGUGGCUGAAUAGUCUAAUACAAUGCAAUGCUGAAAAGAAGUGCCUCAAAGCUAGCUAGGGUGAACUAAUGCAUGCCUUGCAGCUAUUUGGCUUUCUAAGUCUGGUUUUUUUUUGAAUCAUAAGCCUUCUCGGAAGGGCCCUGGAUUGGUAUUUAAAUGGUACCAUGCAUGAUGUUUAUGCUUGGGGGCUUGUGUUAAUAGGCUCUUGGCAGUAUUUUAGUGAACUGGAUAAGAAACGAAACUGUCACGCUAGUAUACUGUUUUUCUGAUAAAACCGGAAGAUCUGUGGCUAACUGAAUUAACACUUUCGUAAAUCAGUUGCAGCGUAUUUACUGACAUGCAUCAGGGUGAGGGAGAUGUACCUGCAUUCUCCAGAGGAGAGAGGUGUUUAUAUCUCCUCUGUACUCCCUUUGGGAGAGUGGGCCUAGGGCUAUGAGUUACUACAGGACUCUGUCAGGGAAGGGCAAAACUUGGCAGCCUUUCCUGGCACAGGGUCCCUCGCGUAGCCCUAACCCAGAAUAGCCCCAGUGAGGGGUGAGGUGCUGGGGGCCGGAGCCUGGUCCCCCCCCUCCUCUCACCCUUCAGCACUCCAGCUGGGGGAUAUUGGGGAAUGUUUGAUCAGCAAAUACCUCAGGUGAUGUAGUAAAAUGUGAAGAACCCUUAUAAUCCUAGCAUAAUUUAGGUCAGAAAGGAUGACCUUUGGGGAGGUCAUUUGGUCCAUUCCUCUGCUUAAAGCCAGCCUAAAUUCAAAUUUAGAUCAGAUUGCUCAGGGCCUUUAAAAGCUUUUUGUAUGAUGUAUGGAAAGAUAUACAGCUGCUGCUUCUGGAAUACCAUGGCCAGCUUAGUCACUCCAACACAACUUACUCUUGAUUUACGUUGUGAAUUCAGGUUGCAGCAUGUGGCCAGCAUAGCACAAGGGAUUCACGCAGCUACUGUUUUUGUUGAACCAAAAUUAAUUCAGUAAUGGACUUCUACUUGCUGAAGCACUUUCUUUUUAUCUUUAAUUCUGUGGAAUUUUAACUCCAUUACAAAGAAAUAACAUUCUCCCUCUUUUGUAUUAGUGGGAGCUAAAUGCAAAUACCGUUACUUUUCCCUGCUCAGUAAGUAAUGUUUUAAUGAUUGUUCCCUGUAUUUAUUUUAAAACUGUUACUAAAACUAGUAACACCUAGCAGCAUAUAAAGUCUCAUUUUAUUAAACUGACAUCAAAAUGUAGGCUUCAAGUAAUUGCUUUGUGUAAUCCAGACACGGGUUACAUGAAAUGAAAAUGUGAAAGGACCAACGUGUUUCUAAGUGAUUGGUCUUCCCAUUACUUUUCUUGACUGAGGUUUUACAAGGUGGCCAUGUUCCCGUGCAUAACAAAGUGGCUAAACAAUGUAUUGUGCAAUACAAAGGUUACAAAAGUUAGUUUUUCUUGUUCCUUCUGUAUUUCAGUAUUUUAUAGUACUUCACAAUCUUUGUAAAUUAUUUAGAUGAAAAGCAGAGCAUGACUGAUGAUAAGUUAGUCUUGGUGACUGAAUUGGAAGUGGUAGAAGGAGUCCAGAUAAAAAGCAAUAGAAGAAAAGAUACAAUUUUAAUAAAAUGAAUCAUUGUAACUAUCUUCUUUAGCAUCAUGUCUGGUGAAAUGGCAGUUGAACCUUGUAAAAUCUUUAUUGCUUUUCUAGCUAUAGAGUGUAUCAACAUCUUCUAAAUCCUAGAUUGCCCAGUGGUGUAUAAGUGUGGUUGUAGGGAGAAAAAAGAUUCUACUAUAAAGACUUUCUUUUAAAUAAAUCGUAUGAUUCUGUCUCUACUCUUCCUUUACCAAAGGGUUUGGUUGUAAUUCUCAGCAUUUCACUGAAGUUCAGGUAGCUGGAACAUCUCACAGUAUAAACUGAUCUUUUGCUAGUUUAAAUAAUGGUUUUUUUAUUCAUCUUCGAUUUGCGCUAUUCCUACAAGCUGAUAGUUUUGUCAACAUAUUUUAAUAUGGUCAUAUAUUAAACUUGUCACUCUAUAUUAUCAACUGUGAGAGCUAGGUUUCUCUUCUUUCAGAUUUUUAAAUUAGAUGUAUAACUUUAAAUUAAUUCCUAUUACUUUUUUUUAACCUGUGUUCAUAUGGGAACCAGAAUCCAGUUAAAGUAUGUAAAACAGGAGUGUGGUUUUGUUUGUAAAGUUAGUAAAGUAGAAGAAAAAAUAUAUUAAAAAAGAAACACUUUAAGACCAAUUUGUUAAACAAAGAGGAGGAUGUGUUUGAGUUGGGAAGUGAGCUAGAUGCUACAUCCUCCUGUGACAUCUGCUUUUACUCUGGGAAUGAAAAACAGGAAGGAACUGCUUUCAGUUUCAUUCUCAGCUUUGAAUGGCCAUCCUCAUUGAACUGAACUAGUUAGAAGAACCAUAACAGACAAAAAUAUAUUACCAGUUUAACUUGAACUGCAUUCUUUUUAAAGAAUAACUGGCUCCUAUACCAUUCUUUUUUAUAAUUGCACUUAAGGAUCUCUUGGCUAUUUUGGACCUGUGUCUUUAAUAGAAGUUGCUGCCAUUGUCUUGCUUCUCUCUGUACCCCAGACACUGAAAGGAGUACCUCUCAAGGUUGGUGCUGGCAUGAGUGAAUAUUCUUUCUGCUUUUUUUUCAACUCCUUUUGGCAACCCUGGAAGAGUAGAAAGAAAAAGACAAGCAGUUGGCCCCUUCACUGAAAAUAUUCUGCUGUGGAAGCUCACCCACCUGUGCAAACCCACGCUUUAUUAUCGUGUGGAGACAAAACUUGCAUACGUGAUAUUUAGUGGUACCACUUCAGAAGUGGAAUAUCAUAAAGAACUGACUAUGUGGUAGCGUGGUGUCACGGCUGCUCCAGGAUUUAGCCAAGCAGGUUUGGUAGUCAAGAUCAAUACACUAAACCAGUUGCUCUGAAAUUUCUGCAGUAAUUUGUUCAUGUGAAUUGCAUGAUGUGUCUGAGGUGCUGCACAAUGGUGUCCUGCACUGCAAUGAAAUAGCUGCACAUCCUGAUGCUUUCCUCUGAGUUGAGGAUGAUUUCUGGUUACUCAAAGCAUGAAUGCAGGCAUAGGUAAUUCAGAUUUAUGUUGUGGUGGAGAUAUAACCUAGAAGGAAGCUGAAAUAUUUAAAGGUAUUCUAGCUUGUAUUUGUAAUUCAACUUUCCCAUAUAGUUUAGACAGGUAAGUAUCUUUUAUCAGUAAUAAAUAGAGAACACUAAAUAUCUCUUGUGUGAAAUUAUAUAUUAAAAUCCCCAUGAAAUAAAAAUGUUGUUUUGCAGAACAAUUAUAAGCAGCUCCACAGCAAUGGAAGCACAUAAACCUGCACCAGCACCUGGAUUUUCAAAUGUUAACUAUGGAAUGGGAAAUCAAGUCCCCUAUGGCUACCCUCAGCAUGCACCUGGGACUUACCAAGGUGCCGCAGGCGCGGGGAGCUAUGGCUUCCAGGUAGAUACCAUGGGAGUCCCGGCAGGACUUGCUGUUCCACCCAUCCAGAACCAGCCCAUCAUGAAGGAGGGUACAAUCUGGAUGCCCAUCCCUCCGUCUCUUCCUAACUGCCCUCUUGGACUAGAAUACCUCACACAGAUUGACCAGAUAUUAAUUCAUCAGCAAAUAGAACUUCUUGAGAUUUUGACUGGCUUUGAAACAAACAACAAAUAUGAAAUUAAGAAUACGCUGGGGCAAAGGGUGUACUUUGCAGCAGAGGACACUGACUGCUGUACCAGGAAUUGUUGUGGGCCAUCACGACCCUUCACCAUCCGGAUUAUAGACAACCUGGGCCACGAGGUGAUAACGCUGCAGAGACCCCUCCGGUGUUCUUCGUGCUGCUUUCCCUGCUGCUUACAGGAGCUGGAAGUCCAGGCGCCUCCAGGAACACCAGUUGGCUAUGUUGUCCAGAACUGGCAUGCCUGCCUGCCAAAGUUUACCAUUCAAAAUGAGAAAAGAAUGGAUAUACUUAAAAUUAUUGGCCCAUGUGUUGUCUGCAGCUGUUUUGAGGACAUUAAUUUUGAGGUGAAGUCUGUGGAUGAGACUUCUACUGUUGGGAAGAUUUCUAAGCAGUGGACUGGGUUUUUGAAAGAAGCCUUUACAGAUGCAGACAACUUUGGAAUCACAUUCCCAAUGGACCUUGAUGUAAAAAUGAAAGCUGUCAUGAUCGGUGCUUGCUUCCUUAUUGACUUCAUGUUUUUUGAGCAUGCUGGUGAUAACCAACAGCGAGCAGGAGUUUGGCAAUGAAAUCUAGAACUUUUAUAAAGAAAGAACAACAACAUGAAUCUCCCAACUUGCCAGUAGAUUGCAGAGCUUCAGUAAGGAUGUGAGAAAUGUGCAUCUUAUGCUUGUAGUUAAAUUCCUGUAAACUAAAAGCUUUAUGGUCUUUUUUCUUUUUUUGGUAAUCUGAUGAAAUAAUCUGUGGUAUUCAAAUAACCGUUUGUACAGAUUAAUACUGUAAUUUCUAGAAAUAUAUAGCACCUUUUUUCCAAGAAACUUGGAAUUGUAAAAUAACUUCUUAUGGUUACUUUACUCCCUAAAAAAGGGGACUACUUCUAUAUUUAGUAUUAAUAUAAGUAGUGAGCCUAAUAAAGAGGUCCUAAUCUC